CUCUUUGUAAUCAAAUCAUACGAUUUUAGUGAUCGCAAAAUGUGCAAUUAUUUUUAAUUUAUUGACUGAAAUGUAUAUUAAAACGCGAAUAAAAUAAUUUCUUUAUAGUGAAUAAGUAUAUUGAUGUAUAAAACAUGGAAAUAUGUCAAGCGUGCUUAAGAACUGGAGACUUCGUACAAGCGAUGUCUGCAGAAGAUAUAAAAUCCUAUAGGUUGUUUAUAACAAAGGUAGAAGACCCAUUAGUCAUUAUGUACAUCUGUAUGUAUUGUAAAAGUUUUCUGAAAAGAAUCGUCAAGUUUAUUGAGCGGUGUCAAAUCUCAGACUUGCUUAUCAAAGAGGCUUUAUGUAAAGGCACAGAAGUUUUGCCUGAAGUAGGAACAACUUUAAGUAUUUCAAAGACAGUAUAUAAUUAUGUAGGUCCAUUAAAUGAAGAUGUUAAAAUUGAGGAUGGCCUCAAAAGUCAUUUGUCAGAUGACGAAGAUGACAUUCCUCUGAUGUUCUUGAAUACCGGUGACGUUGAUUCUAAUGAGUAUUAUAAUGAGGAUUUGGAUAAAACAAAUAUAAAAAUAGAUAUAAAAAAGGAAGGCUUUGAAGAUAACGCACAAAUAGAUGCAUCAUUAGAUGGAAGUAAAACUAAAUAUAAGAAGAAAGAAUUAAAAGAAGGAUUCACGUCACGAAUGGUCACGGAAACAAAUGAAUACAUAGUUAUUAAAUUGACUAAAGAACAGAUAUUGGAAGACAUGAAACAAUACUCGAACACUGAAAAAUAUAAAGUAUUGCCGUAUAAAUGUGAGAAGUGCGUUCGAGGGUUCAACUUUGAAGAUGUCCUACAAACACAUAUGGAGAAACACUCACCGAGCAAUGGUCCAUUUCAAUGUGAAAUAUGUGAACAGUACUGCCCCAGUAAAGUAUCGUUAAGGGGUCAUAUGAAAUCACAUUCCACAAGGUAUAAAUGCAAAUUAUGUGGUUUAAUAAGGCUAUCGAGGCAGCAUAUAUUGGAGCAUUACUCGCUCGAACACACGGCUUCGGCUGCCCUUUACAGAUGCCCGAAAUGCCCGCAUACUACGAAUAAGCGCACAGCGAUGCAGAGACAUGUAAGGUUGCAUUCAACAUGUGAACCCCUGAAAUGUAAUCUGUGUGGAAAGUUCUAUAAAAGCAAGGAAUCCUUAAGAGUGCACGCUAUGCGUCAUGACGAUAAAAAGUUACACCAAUGCGAUCUAUGCACGAGUACGUUUGUGUACGCGACGCAGCUGACCAAACAUAUGAUAUCUGUACACGAGAGGAAAGAUUAUUAUUGUGUUGAGUGUGACAUUAUGUUCAAAUCGAUGGAGAAUUUGAAGCAACAUUUGCAACGCGCUAAACGACAUCGCGACUCGUCUUCGUACAAAUACCAAUGCCCCCACUGCGAACAACGUUUCAUAUCACAGUCUACCCUCGCGACUCAUCGUACAACCGUACACGGGGACGCUAAAACAGCAAAUUGUACGCAAUGUUCACGCGUGUACACAAGUCUCGACGCGUUACGUGGUCACGCGAGGCGUGCUCACGGUCAAGUUAGACACACUUUGCCGUGUCCGCUGUGCGAUAGGGUGUUUUCGCGUAAAUAUGUCCUCCGUGUACACAUGCGUACACACACGGGCGAGCGUCCACACACAUGCGCGUGUGGCGCCGCCUUUACACAAGCUUCUGCCUUACGAGCCCAUUGUACUGCUAAACACAAGAAAUGAGUCUUCAUCAUUGCUCAAGUAACAAAAUCUCAAGAAAAUACUCCUGAAAUCUCAAUUAAUUGUGAUAUUUUUGAAUAAAUUAUUGUAACUGA